AUGGCCUCGUGUUGCUCUCUUCUAUUGCUCUCCUUAAUAUUCCUUCUUUCAUCAUCUGCCUCUCAUGCACUUUCCAAUGCCGAAGUCUCUUUCAUUGCUCGUCGCCAAUUGUUGCACUUACACGAGAAUGAUGAAUUAUCUGACAACUACGUAGAUAAUUAUGAAACAAAUUUAACUUUCUCCAACCCCAGACUAAAACUUGCAUACAUUGCACUUGAGGCAUUGAAAAAAGCAAUAUACUCAGACCCAUCAAAUUUCACAGCUAAUUGGGAGGGCCAAAAUGUUUGCUCUUAUAAUGGAGUUUUUUGUGAAAAGGCUCUAGAUGAUCCAAAGAUUGACGUUGUAGCAGGGAUUGACCUUAACCAUGCAGACAUCGCAGGUUACAUUCCCCCCGAAAUCGGAUUGUUAACCGACCUUGCACUUUUUCAUAUAAACUCAAACAGGUUUUGUGGGGUUCUCCCAAAAAGUUUUUCCAAGCUUAAGCUUCUUUAUGAGGCAGACAUCAGCAACAAUCGCUUUGUUGGGCGAUUCCCUGAGCCUGUGCUUCCAAUUCCAGACCUUAAAUUCCUUGACCUCAGGUUCAAUAACUUUGAAGGGGAACUACCUUCUGAGCUUUUCAACAAAAGCCUCGACGCUAUCUUUUUGAACAAUAAUCGCUUCACGUCCACAAUUCCUCAGAACCUGGGAUUUUCUCCAGCUUCAGUUGUGGUUUUUGCCAAUAACAAUCUCACGGGUUGCGUGCCUUCAAGCAUUGGCAACAUGACAAAGACACUGAACGAGUUUGUUUUGACCAAUAACAACCUCACUGGUUGCUUGCCGGCAGAGAUCGGAAAGCUCGAAAAAGUUACUGUGUUUGACAUAAGCCAAAACAAUUUUGUUGGCAUGUUGCCAAGGACCUUAAAUGGGCUUAAGAGCGUGGAGCACUUAUCCAUUGAACACAAUAAGCUCACAGGUUUUGUCCCACGUAAUGUUUGCAGCUUGUCCAAUUUGGUCAACUUCACAUUCUCUUAUAACUAUUUCAAUGGUGAGGAAGAAGGUUGUGUGCCUCCUAAGAAGGAUGUUGUGUUGGAUGAUGAGAGCAAUUGCAUACCGGAUAGGCCAAAACAAAAGGUCGCAAACGUUUGCAAUGUGGUGAUAAGUAAGCCUGUGGAUUGUAGCAAAGCGCAGUGUGGAAGUGGGAACCCAUCUCAUUCUUCCAAUCCUCCAACAACACCAUCUGGGUCACAGCCUUCCAAUCCUCCUAAAGUUGAGAAACCUACACCAACACCAACACCAAAGCCACAACCUCAACCUACCCCUUCAACACCAAAGCCCCAACCCAACCCAACCCCUUCUCCUUCUAAUCCUCCAACACCAAAGCCACAACCCCCUUCUACCCCUAACCCUCCAACACCAAAGCCACAAGAACCCAAACCUACCCCUUUUCCCUCAAAUCCUCCAACACCAAAGCCACAAGAACCCAAACCUGCCCCUUCUCCCUCAAAUCCUCCAACACCAAAGUCACAAGAACCCAAACCUACCCCUUCCCCCUCAAAUCCUCCAACACCAAAGUCACAAGAACCCAAACCUACCCCUUCUCCCUCAAAUCCUUCAACACCAAACCCACAACCACCCAAAGCAACCCCUUCUCCCUCCAACCCUCAAACACCAAACCCACAACCACCUAAAGCAAGUCCAUCUCCAUUCAAUCCUCCAACACCACAAGCACCCAAAGCAACACCACCACCAUCACCUGAGGAAGAUCCUCAUAGGGAAGCACCCAAACAACGACACAGACCUCCACACUCUCUGCCUCCACCAGUUCAGUCUCCUCCUCCACCUGUUCACUCCCCACCACCACCUGUACAUUCUCCUCCUCCACCUGUUCACUCACCACCUCCACCAGUUCACUCCCCACCACCACCUGUUCACUCCCCACCACCACCUGUACAUUCUCCUCCUCCACCUGUUCACUCCCCACCACCACCUGUACAUUCUCCUCCUCCACCUGUUCACUCCCCACCACCACCUGUACAUUCUCCUCCUCCACCUGUACAUUCUCCUCCUCCACCAGUUCACUCCCCACCACCACCUGUCCACUCUCCACCACCACCACCCGUCCAUUCUCCACCUCCACCAGUUCACUCCCCACCACCACCACCCGUCCACUCUCCACCACCACCACCCGUCCAUUCUCCACCACCACCACCCGUACAUUCUCCACCCCCGCCAGUUCAUUCUCCACCUCCACCAGUUCACUCUCCUCCUCCACCAGUUCACUCCCCACCACCUCCUGUCCACUCUCCACCACCACCACCGGUCCAUUCUCCACCCCCACCAGUUCAUUCUCCACCACCACCCGUCCAUUCUCCACCCCCACCAGUUCAUUCUCCACCACCACCCGUCCAUUCUCCACCCCCACCAGUGUACUCUCCACCACCACCAGUACACUCUCCACCACCUCCUGCACCAUCAGUUUCACCUCCUCCUGAUGAAGAUAUUAUUCUUCCCCCUCACUUCGGCUCUUCUUAUGCUUCACCCCCUCCACCUAUCAUCGCUGGAUACUAAAUAGGAUGCACAUCUUACUAACAUUUAUAUUAGUUCUUAAAUUUAAAGUUGCAACAUAAGCUAUAUCAACACAAUAAAAUAUUUUUCUUCUUUUUUUGAUGUAAUGUCAUCUAUUCAAUUUAAUUGAAUGAGCACA